GUAAAACAAUGCCGCAUUUACUAAUCUUCGUUUAGGUUUUGUAUUUAUUAUAUUUAAAAAAUAAAUAAAUACAAUUUCUGUUAACCCGGAUGUGUACACCUUCUUCUUCCGCCGACUCUGUGAGCACCAUUCAGCGAAGAUGGCGAGCGGUGGGGUCUCGGUGGCUUCGUUGUGGACCGAAGUUAACCGUUGCGGGCAGAAUGGAGACUUUACAAGAGCCCUGAAAGCUCUGACUAAAAUUCUGCAAGAAAACAGGGAUGAUGUGACGGCCCUUCACUGUAAAAUAGUUUGCCUUGUUCAGAACGGCAGCUUCAAAGAGGCGCUGAAUGUCAUGAACAUUCAUUCAAAAGCGCUCAGCAGUGACGUUGUGUUUGAGAAGGCGUACUGCGAGUACCGGCUCAACAGAGUGGAAAGUGCCCUGAAGACCAUCGAGGCUGCUCCUGAACAAACGGACAAGCUGAAGGAGCUCUACGGUCAAGUGUUGUACAGAAUGGAGCGCUACGAUGACUGCAAGUCCGUCUACACAGAUCUGAUCAGGAACUCCCAGGACGAGUACGAGGAGGAGAGGAAGACCAACCUCUCUGCUGUGGUGGCGUCUAUGAGUCAGUGGGAGGAGGCGCCGUUGGAAGAUCUUGGUCUUCCCGAGUCUACGUAUGAGCUGUGCUACAAUGCUGCCUGCGCUCUGAUUGGCCAAGGACAGCUCACAGAGGCGCUCAAUAAGCUACGAGAAGCAGAGGAGCUUUGCAGAGUCUCUCUGACGGAUGAUUCUGAUGUGACUGAGGAGGACAUCGAGUCAGAGCUGGCCGUCAUCCAUUCUCAGAUGGCGUACGUGAUGCAACUACAGGGUCGGACGGACGAGGCGCUGCAGCUCUACAACCAGGUCAUCAAGCUCAAGCCGUCAGAUGUGGGGCUGCUUGCUGUGACUGCGAACAAUAUCAUCACAAUAAACAAGGACCAAAACGUGUUCGACUCAAAGAAGAAGGUGAAACUGACGAACGCUGAAGGUGUUGAAUACAAGCUGGCGAAGAAGCAGCUGCAGGCCAUCGACUUCAACAAAUCCCUCCUGGCCAUGUACACUAACCAGGCUGACCAGUGCAGGAAACUGUCGUCCAGUCUUCAGUCUCAAAACCCGGGUCACCCGCGGCCGGUCCUCAUCCAGGUGGCUCAGCUGUGCCGAGAGAAGCAGCACAGCAGAGCCAUCGAGCUGCUGCAGCAAUUCUCAGAGCAACAUCCAGAGAGUGCGUCUGGCAUCAAGCUGACGAUGGCACAACUCUAUUUAAUACAAGGUCACGUGACAAAAGCUUGCGAUGUUCUACGGUCCAUUGAAGAGUUCAAGCACAAAUCGGGGAUGAUUUCAGCUCUGGUAACGAUGUAUUCCCACGAAGAAGACAUCGACAGCGCUAUUGAGAUUUUCAAACAAGCCAUUGAGCAUUACCAGUCUGAACAGCCCGGAUCUGCUGCACACUUGGCACUUGUACGAGAAGCUGCCAAUUACAAACUGAAGUACGGACGGAAAAAAGAAGCAAUUAGUGAUCUGGAGCAGCUGUGGAAGCAGAACACCAACGACAUCCACACACUGGCACAACUCAUCUCGGCGUAUUCUCUGGUGGACACAGAUAAAGCCAAAUCCCUCAGCAAGCACCUUCCCUCCGCUGACACGAUGGCCUUAAAUGUGGACGUGGACGAGCUGGAGAACUCCCACGGAGCCAACUACGUCAGGAAAAAAGCUGCUAAGGUCACCGGAGAAAACCCCCCCAAAGAACAAAUCCAAGGCGAGAUCAAAAAGAAGAAGAAGAAGAAGAGAGGAAAACUACCCAAGAACUACGACCCCAAAGCGACCCCUGACCUGGAGAGGUGGCUGCCCAUGAGGGAGCGUUCCUACUACAGAGGCAAGAAGAAGGGAAAGAAGAAGGAGCAAAUAGGAAAAGGCACGCAGGGAGCGACAGCAGGCGCCUCGGCCGAUCUGGAUGCCAGUAAGACAGCCAGCAGCCCCCCUACCUCCCCCAGACCAGGGUCUGCAACCGGCUCCUCUACAGCCCCCGCCAGCAACGUGGUCCCUCCACGACAGCAGAAACCCGCAGCCUCGGGGGCGACGCGCAAGAAGGUACCACAGAAGAAGAAGAAGGGAGGCAAAGGAGGCUGGUAGUCGGAGGGAAGCGACACACGAGGCGGAGGGAAGCGACACACGAGGCGGAGGGGGCCACACGAGGCGGAGGGGGCCACACGAGGCGGAGGGGGCCACACGAGGCGGAGGGGGCCACGAGACGUCUCGCCAAGAAAUCAUGAGCUUUUCUCUUUUUUAUGUUUCAAAUUGAAUUGUGUUUUUGUUCUGGCCAUUCAUUUAAACAUGUGAAACCAAAAUGUCCCUCUGCUGCUCUUUGUCAUUAAUCUGUGGUGUUGACGUACGGAGGAGGAUUUAAAGGACGCUUCUACUGAAAUUAACUUUGUGUUCUCAAAGUGUUUCUGUCUUUGUUUUUACUCCCGACCUUCUGAGGUCACAGUAAAAUGAAUUUAAAAACUAAAGAUAAUACGGCUUAUUCUUUUUUCAUUAAAGGUCAGAAGAAUUUAAAAACAGCGUUUUCUUUGUUACUGGUGCUUUUUUCUUUUUCUUUUUCUUUUUUCUAAAUCAGUUUCUUAAAUUCGUCCCCUUUGAAGUGUCAAGUUUUCACAGACGCUGCGUUCAACGUCUGUAAAUGUCUUUUUAAAAAUGUGAUAAUGGAUUGUUUGGUUGAUCCAGCGAACCUCUAUUCAAAUCAUUAAAAGCCUGUCCCAACUGACCUCACGACGUGUUCCUUUCCUUCUUAAUAUUAAUAACUCGUAAACAUCAGUGGUUUCGUUUAUGGAGUUCAAUUUGAGGAGAAUUGUCCUUUUUAUAUUUCUUGGCUCUGAGUAUUAAGAAAUCCUUCAUGUUUCUUAAAUCCUCCCUCUACUUUCCAUCGGCUGCAAAGACGCAGCAUUAAAGAAUACUUAUUUUUAAUCCCUGAAUUCGUCUAAAUUCAAGCAAAAAUGAUUGAAAUUCUUGAAUUUUAAUAUGUCCGAUGCAUGUUUUCAGAUCAAACGGGCGACACUUUGUUAAGUCUUAAUAAAACCCUGAACUAUGA